AUGGCAACGCCGAAUCAAACAAUCAACAAUGAAAACCGUUCAAGGAUAAUUGAAUCUUGCUUAAAUGGAAACUCACCAUCAGAAAUUGCAAAUAUUCUUGGAUUUAAACGAACUAAAAUCUAUUCGAUUAUUAAAAAAUAUAAAAAUGGUUUGCCGAUAGAACGGCAAUUAAAAGGUGGUUCUAGAAACAAAAAAUUAACAGAAGAAUCCAAGGUACUAAUCAAAAAUUGGAUUGAUGAUGAUUGUGGAGUAACUAUUAUGGAAAUUAAACAAAGACUUUUUGAACAAAAAUCCAUUUCAGUCAGUCAAUCUACUAUAGCAAGAUGCAUUGAUAGUUUUAAUUAUACUUUGAAACGGGUUCACAAUAUUUCAGAGAGAAGAAAUUCGGAAGACGUUAUUAAUGAAAGAGCUACUUAUGCAGAAAGAUUCAUGAACAUUUUGUCUUCUAUAAAUGGCAAUAAAAUAUUCUUUAUUGAUGAAGUAGGAUUUAGUCUUUCAAUGCGAGUUAGAAGAGGACGUUCUUUAGCUGGAAAGAGGGUCACACAAACAGUGACCAAUAUACGGUUAAGAAAUAUUUCCGUCUGUUGUGCAAUGAACAAAAACGGAAUUUUGAAAUAUGAAGCACAAACAAGAGCAUUUAAUACAGAAAGCUUUUUAGAUUUUAUUCGUUUAGUAUUAGCACAAUUAGCUGUUAAUGAAGUUGUUCGAGCUAUCUUAAUUUUAGACAAUGUUCGUUUUCAUAAAACUGCUGUUGUUCAUAAUGAAAUAGUACGUGCUGGGCAUUCUUUGAUAUUUUUACCUCCAUAUUCCCCCUUUUUAAACCCUAUUGAAAAUAUGUUUUCUGAAUGGAAACAGUUUAUCAGAAGAUGUUCGUCUAGGACUGAGGACGAACUGCUUGAAAAUAUACAAAACGGUGAAUUGAAUAUUACUAGCACAAACUGUAAUAAUUAUUUUGCGCACGUACUGAGGUAUAUGAUUCCGUGUUCAAGAAGAGAACCAGUUAUUGAAGAAUAAACUUACUUUUGUAAUUUUUGUUUUUACUAGCGAAUAUUUGCAAUUACAAUACUUUAUAUACGAUAAUUUUUUUGUUUAGAUUUUAGUUUGUAUCCAAACUAAAAAAUUAUAUUAUCUAAAUGAAUUUAGA